AAUCCGAAGAAAGAAAAUUGAAAACGAGGAUAUUACGGUUACGGCGGAAGGAAGGGCGGCGGAACGGUAUGGAGAUUGGAAUUUGAAGAAAGAAAAUCGGGAGCGAGGAGGAUAUUAUGGGCACUACGUUCGUAUAGUCGAUUUGCGUGAUGACCCAACAUUUCGUCUUUUCAAGAGCACUCCAGAAUCCUAUUCGGAAUUCAUCGAAGAUAUCCGUUCAAUUGAUACUUGCCUUUCGAUGGAUUCAAAUAUUGAUAAAUUCUUAUAUGCUUCAACCGCUUGCAUUUAUCAUUGUAAUAAUGAAAUUAAAUUAACGAAACUCAAAGAGUCUUAUGAAGAAGAAAAAUUAAAUACUGAACUUAUAUCCGGUCCGAAGGCAAUACUUGAAAGAGAAAAUGAUAUUGAAAUCUGGGGUGACGGAAAACAACAACGUAAUUUCUUGUAUAUAGAAGAUUGCAUCGAGGCAGUUAUCAAACUCAUGGAAUGUGAUUUGGCUCUUACACUAAACAUUGAUUCAAAAGAAUCAAUCAGCAUAGAAGAACUUGCAUAUGUCGCGUUUGAAACAAUUGGCGUAUCACGUAAUACGGCAACUUUGAGAAUUGUCCAAGACAAGCCUAUCAAUGUGAACAAUAGAAUCUCCGAUAACGCUUUGUCCAAGAAGUAUUUAAAUUGGACUCCAAAACAUUCUUUUCAUGAAGGAAUGAAAAAAACUUCUUUGUGGGUUCGACAGAAGCUGAGAAGCAACGAAUUCAAUAUAAGAAUGAUCUGA